UCACCUAUUUUGCGCCGUCGCUCAUUUAAACCCUAAAAAGGAGGCGGAGAGAGAGAGAGAGAGAGAAAAGUCGCAGUCUUUGCGGAAUCUAGCGAAGGAGAAAAGAUGAGACCACCAAUGGGAAGAGGCGGGUUCAGAGGGAGAGGAGGAAGAGACGGCGGCGGUCGAUUCGGUGGAGGAGGAGGACGAUUUGGUGGCGGCGGCGGACGAUUCGGUGGCGGUCGAUUUGGCGGGUUUAGAGACGAAGGGCCUCCUGAAGAAGUCGUGGAGGUUGCCACGUUCGUCCAUGCGUGUGAGGGAGACGCUGUGACCAAACUCUCUCAGGAGAAGAUUCCUUAUUUCAAUGCACCUAUCUACCUUCAGAACAAGACUCAGAUUGGUAAAGUUGAUGAAAUCUUUGGCGCCAUCAAUGAAUCUUUGUUUUCUAUCAAAAUGAUGGAAGGUAUUGUGGCGACCUCGUAUGCUCCUGGAGACAAGUUCUUCAUCGACCCUGCUAAGCUUUUGCCCCUCGCUAGGUUCCUUCCUCAGCCAAAGGGUCAGUCAGCUGGCGGCCGUGGUGGUCGUGGCGGUCGUGGAGGAUUCUCCAGAGGUAGAGGCGGUCCUCCUUCAAGAGGGCGAGGAGGUUUCAGAGGAAGAGGUCCACCAGGAGGAGGCAGAGGAUUUCCCUCACGAGGUGGUGGUCGUGGAGGCUUCAGAGGCAGAGGAAGAGGAUUCUAGUUUCUUCUCUUCCUACUCUAUAAGCUUUAUCUCAACUUGUAGCCCUUUAUAUUAUCAAAUGAGACUUUGUUUUCCCACAUUAUCAACUUUGGUUUAAUCAAUGGAGUAGAAGAUUUGCUUUAAUUA